AUGCCUCCCAAGCUGAACCCCCUCCCCCCGCUGAGCCAGCUCCCUCUAAACGAGGGUGACCCGCCUCACUCCGCAUGGGGCCUUUGGGAAGGACAGGACAGCUCUCUCGGCUCGCUCAACUACCUGACUGACGAGCUCGUGCUCAAGACUCUCCGCGAGGAAGUACGGACAGGUGCGAGGAUCGGCUUAGACCUACCGCUGGAUUUCUUCAACCCGCCCCUACUUGGGCGAGCAGGGUUCGAGCAAAAGGUCAUCGACAAGGCUCCCCUAGUCGUCAACGACGAUAUCAUUACCUUCAACACACAAGGCAGCUCCCAGUGGGACAGCCUGCGUCAUUUCGCAUAUCAAAAGGAUCAGAAGUUCUACAACGGGGCGACACAGCAAGACAUCCACGCAGCCCCGAGGACAUCGGUCAAUGACCUCCAAGGAUGGACUGAGAAGGGCUUGGCGGGCCGAGGUGUGCUCAUUGACUAUGCUGCCUACGCGGCGCGGGAGAAGAUUGCCAUCGACCACUUCUCCCCGCACGGAAUCACCGUCGAUGUUGUAAAGGCCAUUGCAGACGAGUCCAAGAUUGAGUUCCAACCGGGAGACGUGCUUUUCCUUCGCACGGGGUACGUUGAUGCGUACAGACAGCUUUCAAAGGACCGCCGCGUCGAAGUGGCCGGCGUGAGGGAAUGGUGUGGCCUCGCUCAGAGUCGUGAGACGACCGAGUGGCUGUGGGAGCGCCAAUUUGCCGCAGUGGCCUGUGAUUCUCCCGGAUUCGAGGUUCGACCCCCGACUGACAAGGCGUGGCAUCUGCACCCGAUCCUGCUGGCUGGAUGGGGCACGCCGAUAGGCGAGCUCUUCGCCUUGGAUGCUCUGGCGGACGCGUGCAGGGCCCGGGGGAAGUUCUCCUUCUUCUUCACUUCGGCACCGCUUAAUUAUUCUGGUGCGGUUGCGUCGCCUCCCAAUGCGGUCGCGAUUAUAUAG